AUGGCUGUUAGUACUGGAAUUCCCUGCUCUCUGCUUGACGUUCGCCAUGAUCUAUGGCCGCUUGAAGAAAUCGAUCCGAAAAAGGCAAAAUUUCCCUGCUGCAUAGUAUGGGCCCCUCUCCCAGUGGUCUCAUGGUUGAUUCCAUACAUUGGUCACGUUGGAAUUUGUCGGGAGGAUGGAGCUGUUCUGGACUUUUCAGGCUCAAAUCUUGUAACCGUAGACAACUUCGCCUAUGGCGCAGUUGCCAGGUAUCUUCAGCUCGACAGAGAACAGGUAUACACCAUCUUUCGCUGUGGUUUCUUUCAGCCUUAUUUUCUUUCUCUCAAGUUACCCGUUAUGCUAUAGAAAUAUCUGUUCGUUGAUAUUCUUGUUCAAGAAUGUUCUUACAUGUAUUAUAUUCGACCACAAAAAGGAUGCAAGGAAAUACAGACCAACCCAUCUAAAAAUUUUGUGCUAUGCAGUUCCCAAAUGAAGGAGAAAAUACAGACCAACCCAUCUUCAUAUAUUUCAGUAAUCAUAUCGCGCCGGUCGGUGUUAUUCUGUAAUUUCAUGGUUGGGUGAUCUCUUGUUUUGGGCCUGGUUUCCUUCCCGAAUUCAAAGUGCUUCAGCCACCAUUCAAUGCGAAUACCACUAAUCAAGUGUUUGAUCAUGCUGAUCAGAUACUUUAUAGGUACUGCUGCAGAUGUAAAUGCUACAAAAUAUCAUGUUCGUCUGGGAUAAAGUUCUUCUUGGUACAGAAUUUGUGGAAUGAUUUUUGUUCUAUCGAGGAGAUUUCAGCAGGAAAUCAGUAUCAAGCUGUCUUUCUUGCUCUUUCGCAUUGGAUAAGCAGAAUUUUUUGCCCUGGGGAGUGUUUGGCUGAGAUGGAUCAAGUGUUUAUAGAUCACAUUUACUAAGUUUUGGAAGGAAUUGAUUGGCCAACAGAGAUAUAUGGGAUAUGGUCAGAACUUCAGAGACUACCGGCCAGCCCGCUCCCGGAUCUUCCUUCCUAAAACCAAACGAAGGACCCACAACCAGGCGAGGGAAAGCGGAGCUUCUGAGCUUCCCCGGCCUCGGCCUGACCUCUGACUGUGAAGUAGUGGUCUCUGCGUGCAGUAUGAGUUGCUAGAACUUUGGAGAAAUCGUCAGUCUUCUGCUCUAAUAUUCUUCUUACUUUCUUGGGUAGUAGAUUUCUUCCUCUGAUAGUAAAGUAGUAAAUUAUUAAAAGUGAGAAAUGACCUUGAGAACAUCAAACUUAUGAGAAUUAUUAUUAGUGAGAAAAUAGUAAAUAAUUUAAAUGAGAAAGGUGGGCUUCCGGAAUAUUUAUAGGAAAAAUAUGGUGUUUUUGGAUUGGAUAGCGUGCCAAUUAUAGUGUUAUGCUGCCGUAGCAUUUUUUCCUCCGCUUCUUGGAUCACCUGGCUUACCAUCGUCUUUCUUUCCUGCUCGUGGGCAGUGCUGCUUCCCCAGCAACUUGGCCUCGCACUCCUGCAAGCAGGCGCACCGGCACGCCGAGCUCGGCAGCGCCAUCUCCUGGGACGACGCCCUGCACGCCAGCGCACGGCAAUUCGAGCACAAAUUCUACAACCUUUUCACCUGCAGCUGCUACUCUUUCGUCGCCGGCUGCCUGAACCGCCUCUCCUACGGCGGCUCCAUGCGGUGGAAUGUGGUCAACGUGGCGGCCCUGUUGCUAUGGAGGGGACAGUGGGUGAACGGCGCCGCCGUAGUCCGUUCCUUCUUCCCAUUCAUCGCCGUGCUCUCCAUCGGGGCUCUCGUCGCCGGAUGGCCAUUUCUGCUGGGGUUGGCCUUGUUCUCCUCCCUCCUCCUGGCCUGGUUCCUGAUAGCCACAUACUGCAUCAAGAACCUCGUAGAGUCAGAGAUGGGCUGA